AGUUGCUCACACACAGACAGCCUGUAUCGUAGCCGGCACUCGAAUUCUCACGAAAUUCCAUUGCGAGAGGUUCCGGGCUGAGCAAGCCAACACGGCGCGCUGGUAAGAACGCGGCCAUUCCCAUCUGCCUCUCGCAGAAUCUGCCACGUCAGUGCGAAACCGAGUUGAUCACAAACCUAUAAGAUCCAGUCUCCCACCCGCCUGCCUGCUUCAUAAGUAUUCUCUGAGCCUCUCUCCUCCUCGACGCCGGUCAUCAUGCUGCCUCAACUAUUGGCCUUGACCCUAGCGAUCGCGCCUGCGGCCGUGUCCGCUGGUCUGUUCCCGUCGAAUUCGCUCGUGAAGCACUUGGACGCGAAGGGUUUCAGGCAAGCCCUCAAGGAGAACCGGACGAGUGUGAUAGCCUUCGUGGCGCCAUGGUGUGGACAUUGUCAGCGGAUGGCGCCAGAGCUCAGCAAGGCUGCGCUGGGCCUGUACCCACUAAUACCCACAUAUGCCGUCGACUGCGAUGACGCGAAGAACCGACAAGUGUGUGCAGAACAGGGCGUGAAAGGCUUUCCCACCGUCAAGCUCUUCCCGCGGGGUAAAGACGUCAAGCCCAUCACAUUUGAAGGCGGUGAGCGUACGGCGAGCGCAUUUUACUACUGGGCAACGAGACGCGUCCCAAACAAGAACAAGAAGUUAUACCACCUCGAAGACAUCGAGCCCUGGGUGACAAAAAACAUUGAGAAGAACCGCGUGCUGUUGCUGAACAAGGGCAAGACGGUGCCGCUGCUGUGGCAGGUCCUCGGGAACAAGUACAAGGACCAGCUCGAGUUCGGCAGCCACCGCGAUCGCAAGGGCAAGACCGGCAAGGCGCUCGGCGUCGGGAUGGGCGGGAAGAAGGAGUCGCGGGUGCUCGUGUACCCCGCCGGCUCUACAUCGCCCGUCGUCUUCGAAGGUAUUUUGAAACACGACUCGCUCUCCAAGUUCUUCGACUCCGUCAUCGACGGCUCCGCGGACCUGAAGGUCGUGAACGCGCAGGCGAAGGACGAGGAGUUCGCGCUUACGGAGGAAGAGCUCGAGAUUGAGCGGCAGCAGGAGGCGCAGCGCAUCGCGCUCGCUCACGGCGGGUUCACGGAGAUGAUCGACUUCGAGGAGGCGGUGAAGAAGUACGGCGCGGACUUCCACGACGCGCACGGGUACGGCGGGAUGAUGGGCGAGAUGCCGAAGAAGAAGGAUGCCGCCGCGGCCGCGGAGGAGGGCACCGCGAAGCAGAGGAAAGAGGAGGACCCGAUCCACAAGAUCUUGAAACACCAGCAGGAGAAGGAGAAGGAGAAGGAGCGCGCGCAGCGGGAGACGACGCCGAAGACGGGCGACGGCGGGCAGAUCGUGUUCCAGGCGAAGACCGAGACCGGCCACCGACCGACCAGCACGGCGCAGAAGCCCAAGGCUACCGAAUCGGCCGGCGACGUCCCGUCGGAAUCUGCCGAGACGCCUGCGCCUCCCGCCGAAUCGACCUCAGCGUCGAACGAGGAGGCGGGCCAUGUCAAGGACGAGCUCUAG